AUGAGUUUGGUGGAGCUCAGCCCAACUCCCAGCAGCCUGGUAUUCACCUCACACAAGCACCACAACUGGCAGCAACUCAGGCCGCCUGCUAAGAAGUACAGUGGCUUUCUGGCUUCAGAGUCCCUGAUCAAACAGAUUCCUCUCAUCUUGGGUCAGGGUCUGAACAAAGCUGCCAAGUUCCCCUCCCUCUUUGCUCACAAUGAAAACAUGGUGGCCAAGGUCAAUGAAGUCCAGUCUAUCAUCAGAUUUCAAAUGAAAAAGGUGCUUUGUCUGGCAGUGGCUGUUGGCCAUGUAAAAAUGACUAAAGAUGAGCUAGUCUACAACUUUCACCUGGCCAUCGACUUCCUGGUGUUCUUGCUGAAGAACUGUCAGAAUGUGCAUGUUGUACAUCAAGAGCACCAUGGGGAAACCACAGCGCCUCUACUAAACUGGCAUGGCCAGUCUCCUGCACCCUGCUGACUUUCUUCCUCCUCGCCGCCUGCAGCAUCUGUGAAACGGAGCAGAAAGGCUACUGUGAGAAUAUCAUCACCAAAAGGCACCGGGAUAAGCUGCAGGAGCUGGUAAGUAUCAUGCCCAGCCAGCAUGGCUGGUGGGAUGGGAUCUAGAACAUUAGAGGGUGAGGCUGGGGCCUGGUCCUAGCCAGGUGUCCAUGCGAUGCGAGUGCUUGGUGUCCUUCAG